CUCCUCCUCCUCCUCCCUCCCUGGCUGACUCGACUGAGUGGCUGUGCUGAGCGGCGCUGGCGGCUCCACAGCAGCAGCAGCCGCCGCCGCAGCAGCGAGAGAGAGAGAGAGAGAGAGAGGGAGAGAGAGCGAGAGAGAGAGGAGAGAGACGACGACGACGACGACUUCACUUUUUUGAAGCCGUGGCAUGAAUGAGCUCAUCGGAACCUUCUGCUCCGCUCUCACCGCCGUCGAUCCUAUGUGCGAGACCGGAAUAAAAUAAGAGCAAGCAGCUAGGCUGGGUGAUGAUCCGCCAUUUUCAAGCGAAACUACACAAGCCAAAAGGUAAGCGGAGCUGCAGGUUAGCACAGAUUAGCUAACAGUGUUACCAGCAGUUGCAUCUGGUCAGUGACAUCUUUAGAAGGUUUGGCUAAAUUCUUGACAAAUCUGGUGGCUUAGUCAUGAAUGCUGCCUGCACCAGGGAAAAUACAGUUGGAUCUUUAUUGGGGGGAAUUAUGUGUAAAUUAGCCAAUAGUCUUUGAAGUACACAUCGCAGAGUCUCCUCAUGUCUCCAACAACUCCACAAAAAGUAUCUUGAUGCGUUGUUUUUUGGGGGAAAACAGUGGCUCGAGGGGUCGUAAAAGUAUCAAAGUUGGCAACACUAAGUAGUAAAACGAGUCUCAUUUUAACUGUGACAAAAUAAUCAGGAAGUUGCUUUUUGUGUUACCCUGAGCGUCCGAAUCUGGUCGCACCGGUUUGGAUGAGCGUACUUUUACCAGUCACGUGACAUCUUGUGUCAACAAUAGUCGCGCUGCUGUGUUGUGUAAUGUCAAUUAUGAUUAUUAUUGAUGGGCUAUACAGGAUUUUUGUAUAGUGGACUAUAAAGUUUGGCAAAAAAGUCCACUCAAAUUUCCUAUGUCGUGAUUGGGUAGUAUAGUAGGGAAUGAGCGAAAGAGUCUGGACUCCGCGAACGAAAGAAUCAUUACCUUAGAACAGUUUAAGUUGUAUUUAACCUUUUAGGCUACUUUUUAUGUAGUUUGACUGAAAAUCCUGUUCUUGUGAUUAGGUAGCAGGGAGUGAGUGAAUGAUUCCGAACGAAUCAUUCACUCAUUCCUUACUCCCGAGACAGGGGUGGAAAAUUUCCAGUAAGUCACCAGCACAUUUCCCGAGGAAUUUAAGAUGGAGAAUUUUGGAAAUAUUCCAAAUUGGAAACGUUACGUGGGAACUAACUGGGAAUUGAGGGUCAUUUAAAAGAAAUGUAUCAUAUUCAAGCAUGAAUGAAAACAUUGUGUCUUUCAUCAGUAGAAAUCCAUUCAAACAACAACAACAGGGCUCUCCUUGCCCACACGAGAGGCCAUUGCGGCACCUUUAUUGGUUUAGUUGCCCCCCCCCCCAAAAAAAAAUUUCCACUUGACAAGAGUGGAGGUUUAUCUGAAGCUCUCAUUUUGCUGUCAGCGCAAAGCAGACACCUCGUAACUGGGAAAAAGUUGUAAUUUGGGGUGCCUGUUCGUCAAGGAAGGACAGUACUUGCAUGACAUCCAAUUGUUUUAGUCAGGAUUCAACUACAACUUUAUUUCAAUUCCAAUUAUGAGCCAUUCUGAAAUUUGUGAAAUUCCUGUUUUUUUUUUUUCCUAAUUCCCAGAAAUCCCUAUAACUUUGCAUCCCCAAUACAGAUGGAUUCUAAGGCUGCAACAAACGAUUAUUAUUAAUUCAUUAAUCUGGCGGUUAUUAUAUAUUCUUUUUUUUGAAAUUUCCAACCCUUUAUUCGAAAACAGGACUUUAUUUCAAAGUGACAAUGAAGAAAAUACAGAAAAUGUUUAUGAUUCACUUAGUGCUUUGGUCGGUAACAUUUGUCCAAAAAAAAUGAGCAAAAAUGUCGAUCAUUGUUUCGCAAAGCCAAAGCAGAUGUUUGCAAAUGUCUUAUUUUGAUUGAACGCAAAGAUAAUCCGUCCGCUUUCACGGGGGACUACAGAAAUUGGAGAGUAUUUGUUGUCGAGAGGCUGAAAUUCUGAGGAUUUGGACAUUUUUCAGUCAAACGGUGAAUCGAUUUGUCGUCGAUUAAUCGACACUUCGAAUUGAUUCCCAACACAGCCGAAGUGUUUUUGUGUGCGUGUCUCGCAUUGUAGUGGACAAAGGUUCAAAGAAUGACUUGAUCAGUUUCUUAUUUUGGUGGCCGACUGGUGCUGCCGGUGUUGUUGAAAGUGUGGUUGUUCCGCCCAGCAGGAGUCUUGCCUCUCAGGGUGGCCUAAAAAUGGGCAGCAAUGGCGCUGAGCAAAAUACAAACGUACUAGAAGCGUUGCGGCCCGGGACCACGCUGCUAUGCUAAUGCCCGUGCCUGCCGACAGGAAAGACAGACGACAUGUUUCCAAAGGGCACCAAGCGCAAGUUCCUCGACUCUGCGGAGGAGGCGGCGACGGCGAGCGGUCCGGGCGAGCGGGGCCCGGCGAGCGCUCGGACACCGUCGCCCUCGUACAGCCUCCAGCGCCAGUCUCUCCUGGACAUGUCGCUGAUUAAACUUCAGCUGUGCCACAUGCUGGUGGAGCCCAACCUGUGCCGCUCGGUGCUCAUCGCCAACACGGUGCGACAAAUCCAGGAGGAGAUGACGCAGGACGGCACCUGGCAGCUCAUGACGCAGGCGCUGGCCGCCGCCCAGUGCCCCGCGGACCGCCUGGUGGCCACCGAGGUGCUGUGCCGGCAGUCGGACCCGGCGGCGGCGGCGGCGGCCGGUCAGAGCCCCAAGCCGUACCCUCUGGCGGGUGGCCUGGACGAGGGCUACCACUCGGAAGAGGUGGUGAUGGAAGCGGGGGACGCCCCCAAGGAGGUCGUGUCCACGCAGUCCUACAUGGCGGGCCCCUUCGGGAUGGGCCCCUGCUGGGAGGAGCGCGAGGAGGACGGGGAGGAGGAGGAGGAGGAGGACGGCGAGGAGUCGGAGGGCGAGGACGCCGACGAACGUCCCGAGGCGGACUCCGGGCCGGGGGAGCAGGUUUUCGGCACCUUUGAGAUCAAGCAGCCGCCGCCCCCGCCCCCGCCGGACCCGGCACUGGAGGAGCUGUUCUCGGACGUGGACCCGUCCUACUACGAGCUGGACACGGUGCUGACGGGCAUGCAGAGCGCCCCCAAGAUGGGACCUUACGACCUGCUGGAGAGCCUGUCCUCCCACGGGCCGCCGCCCCUCAGCCCCGGCGCCAGUUGCCGGUCGGACCUGAACGAACUGGACCACAUCAUGGAGAUCAUCGUGGGCUCCUGAAGCUCGGUGCCGCCGUGGACUUGCUGAAUGUGCUUUUGUUACACAGCCAGAUUUGGGGAGGGUGUGAAAUUAACUGCGAGCCAAAAUUGAUUUUUAGGAUCGGCAGCUCCCGUUGGGAACUUUUUUUACCCCCUCUUUUCGUUUGUUUUUACUCAUACAGUAUAUUCCGAACUUGGAGGAGAUGACGUUCACAAGUAGGGUUGCAAAGGGAUGGAAAAUUCCCUGCAAAUUUACAGAAAUUUUAGCGAAAGAAAGUCAAGUUGGAAACUUUCGUGGGAAUUGAAUGGAAAGGUAUCACAGUCAAGCAUAAAUAGAACCUAAGGGUGGGUGAGUACCGAUAACGGGUAUUGGUACUUGGCCGAUACGGGCCUUAUUUCAAGGUAUCGGGUACCCGUGAAGGCCGCCGAUACCGGAGGCACAAAAAAAAAAAAAAAAAACGAGUAAGCCCUCCUCGCCAGUAGUUGGCGCUACACUGCGGCUGUAUGACACACCGGCCAAUCAUCGUGUGUGUCAGAAAGAAAGAACGAGGUCUUUGUUGACAAUUAUGUUAUUGUGUUAAUUGAAAUUUUAUGCAUCAAAAGUACUCGUGGUAUCUGCGAGUACUCAAGCGGAACUACUCCUACUGGUAUCCUUCUGAAAAAGGGGAAUCAAACAUGACUAAUAAUUAACAAUGUAAAAGAAAUGUGGAAGAAAACCCACCAUUAAGCGGGGAAUAGGUCCCAGCCCCCCCCCCCCACAAAUGUCAAACCGCGAAUAUGUGGCAUUCCACUGUAUGCCCAAAAUAUAUAUUCCGCAGCUAUGUUUCGGUUCCCUAUUAAGAGCUAACCUUCAAUUUUGCAAGUUCCUGUUGUUUUCCUCCAUUAAUUCCCAUGGAACGUUUCCAACUUUUUCCAAUUCCUGGAAUUUUGCGCCUCGAUUCCCAAGCACUCAAUUUGUUCCUUUGUGUUCUUUCCAUGUUUACGUCCAUUGCGCUCGCUCCCGAUGGCUUUUUGUGGCAAGUGUUCACACUACAACGACAUUAACGACAGCAAUCCACAACAAACAUCCGGAUCUCACAAUCCAUGCAUAUUUUCCUAAAGAUUUGAGCAAUUAUGAAUGGAAUAUGUAUAUGUACGUAUAUGUAAAUAGAAAUAUAUUUUUUUGCAUUAUACAGUUGUGGGGGGCGGGGAGGGGGGGUAUUUUUUUGCAAGUAUCAUUUGAUAUUCCUAUUAUAAAUUUUAUUUUCUGAGAUGUUAACGUAGCCACAUUUGAGACUCGUGUCUUCCCGGUUGUCACUUUUCUUUUUUUUUUUUUUGUUUUUUUUUUUUUUGGGUCGGCGCCGUUUUAACUUCACUUGCUCCAAAGUUUUUUCGUUGACUUUUUUUUCUAGCCCAGGGAAGCAAAACCAUACCUUUCUAUCCAGCUCAUCCAGAAGAAGCCAUAUUGCUAAUUUAUUCUUCUUUUUUUAAUUUAUUGUAUUUAUUCUGUCUGUAGGUACAUCCGAGCCACACACGUCAAGCAUUCGGUCCGAAUGAAAGUUUGUCACUUAUGGUUCUUUGGAGUGCAGUACCUAUUUAUUAUUCUUUUUUUGUUUUGUUUGAAUAAUCCCAAGAACCGGGUCACAAUUACAAUCACUAUGCAGCUCCGUCACACGCGUUACAAAAAAUGAUUGUAAACGACUCCAAUGUCCUUUAAAGUCCUUUUAUGCAAACAGUUGCCUUUCUGCAAAAUGGACGCUCACGGCGGCGGUGAAGAAAAAGAAAAAGAGGAGGAGGCGACAGCGGCGGAGAUCUCAGGCAAUGUAAACGUAUUCACACACACGCACACACACACAAACCAGUUCAGUAUUACACACGCACACACGCACGCACACACACACACACACACCUGAAGGAUGUCACUCACGCUGUUUGCAAUGGGAGCUAGAACUUCAAAGACUUAUUAAUACCGUUGUCAAAAAUGUAUGCAUUUUUUUAUAUCCAGACAAAAAAAAAACUUGUAGCGUCUUUGUAAAUAUUUUUUUAUAAUAAAAGAUGCAACUAUU